GAUCAGUCUAGAUAAAUCUUGUGCCCUGUAAAGUUGGUAAAAAUGUUAAUACUCAAUAUGUUUGCAAGGUGUUCAAGCUGCAUUUUGGUAUAAUUAGUGAUCAAGUGUUUUAAAACAGGAAAUAGGAACGGAAUAGAUCGCAAGAAGCAGGAGGAUAAGGAUCGAAAACAGGAAGUGACGGGAAGUGGAUUGGUUGAUCAAAGGAAGUAGGAGGUGAAGCUGUUGGAUUGAAUAAAAUUUGAAGCUGAAAGCUAAAAUAAAAAGCAGGAGAGAGAUCAAUAUUUGUUGGGAAAGCUGUUGUCAGGAUUAUUAGAAUCAAGGAUCAAGAAGUAAAACAGGAUCAAGAUCAAAACCCGUGAAAGAAUGAAAGAAAAAAACUUGCUGUAAUAAAAAUCAACUAAAAGAAACUGAACAUAACCUAUCAAGAUCAAUAUAAAGCAGUACUAUAGGACUAAAAUGAAGACAUAGAUGAAAGAUCAGGAUCAAUGUUAAGAAUAACACAAAGAUCAAUACCUUGAGAAAGAAUAAGAUCGUUUUUACGAGAGAAAGGAGUACUAGGAUCAAUACCAGGAUCAGGGAUUAAUAAGAGCAGUAGGGUGAAUACCUGGAUCAGGAUCAAGGAUGGGUUUAAUGAAUAGUUCUCUCCAGGAGCAGAAAACAGCAGUGGUUGAAAAACUAAGGAAAUUGUCCCAAGGAAGUUUAACUGUCUAUGUCAAGGAGUUUUUGGAUAAAUGUAAAGCCGAGUUUGAAGAAAAAUGGAACAACCCCAAACACAACACUGCUUCUCUUGAUGACUUCGAGAGGUUAAAGACCCUUGGCACUGGCAGCUUUGGACGGGUUAUGCUUGUUCAGCACAAGGCAAACAAAACACACUAUGCAAUGAAAAUUUUGGACAAACAGAAGGUGGUGAAGCUGAAGCAGGUUGAGCACACCCUGAAUGAGAAGAAGAUCCUACAGGCCAUCACCUUCCCCUUCCUUGUUAGUCUAGAGUUCCAUUUCAAGGAUACAAGUAAUCUUUACAUGGUUCUUGAGUUUGUCCCAGGCGGAGAAAUGUUCUCCCACCUCCGAAGGCUGGGAAAGUUUAGUGAGGCACACAGUAGAUUUUACGCAGCACAGAUUGUGCUCGCCUUCGAGUAUCUUCACUACCUGGACCUUAUCUACAGAGAUCUCAAACCAGAGAACCUUCUACUGGAUAAUCAGGGGUACCUCAAGAUCACGGAUUUCGGUUUUGCUAAACGUGUGAAGGGUAGAACCUGGACUCUGUGUGGAACUCCUGAGUAUCUUGCUCCAGAGAUUAUUCUUAGCAAAGGUUAUAACAAGGCAGUCGACUGGUGGGCUCUUGGUGUCCUCAUGUAUGAAAUGGCGGCUGGAUAUCCUCCAUUCUUUGCAGAUCAACCGAUUCAAAUUUAUGAAAAAAUUGUUUCUGGAAAGGUCCGUUUUCCUUCACACUUCUCGUCAGACUUAAAAGACCUUCUUCGGAACCUUCUCCAGGUUGAUCUAACUAAGAGGUAUGGUAACCUCAAGAAUGGAGUUACAGACAUCAAGAACCACAAGUGGUUUGCACAGACAGAGUGGAUUGCUGUCUAUCAGAAAAAGGUUGAAGCCCCCUUUAUUCCGAAGUGUAAGGGCCCAGGGGAUACGUCUAACUUUGACGAUUACGAAGAGGAAGCUUUGCGGAUUUCUUCCACAGAAAAAUGCGCGAAGGAAUUUAAUGAUUUCUAAGCGCUGUCUCCGGUCUGUAGGAAGACAUAUCCCGACAGUUACCUUUGAAAAACCCAGACGAAGACGACAUUAAUACAUCUUCAACAACGAGAGGGAACCUUUCUCCUGUUAACAAAAUAUAUUCAAGAAAUACCUAUUUUAUGUUUCUAUUUUAAGAAGUUUAUUGCUAGUGUUUAAAAUUUGGUUUGCUACAUAUUUUUAUCCUAAAAUGUUUUUAUCAAUGUUAUAUAACGUUAUGGGUUUGUAAAACUGCUGGAAAUAUUGAUGUUCUUACGUUAACUAAGGAUUGCCAGCGGUGUUCCUUAUCUAGUCAUCUUUAGCCGCCAUUUAUCAGACUUAAUAUUUACAGUGGGUGCCAUUCCUAAUUCUAUUUUCUGUAUUCUGCAGUACAGUAACUGUAGUAAACAACUAGAACAGCUGGCAGCUCAAACAUCGCUGCUUAUUUAGUUAAAACUAGUUCCUGCAGUAAACACUUAACAGCUGAUUAAUGUACAGUUGUCUUAACUUAUUUGAAUAUAUGUGUGCGCUAUUAAGUAUGAUAACAUUUUAAAGAAACCGUCUGUUGCCUGUAUAUUUGUUGCCCCCCCCCUUCCUGUAUCAAGUUAUAAACUAUAUUUAUUUUUAGUUUGAAUUAAUCUAUACAUUCAGUGUAUGAGCUCACUCGAGUAAACAUAAUACAUUUUGUUUUCCCCUCAUUUACUUGGAAGAGCUAUUACACCCCUUUCACUCUGUACAGAAAAUAAUUAUGAACUUAGUUUGAAAUAAUCGUUGUCUGGUUAAUAAUAAGUAUGAUCGUACGCGGCACUUGAGCACUUGGUAGCCUUUGCACUGCAGUACGUAUAGAACUGUUAGUAACUGUACUGUGAAGUUAACACAGUACUCAAUUCGUACUGCAGUACACUGAGUGUACUCAACACCAAUUAAUGUGAUUGUUCAGUACAUUCAUUUCAAGAGGGUACUAUAGUGCAAUGAGUGUCACUGUUCUGUUAAUCUGCAGUAAAUUAACUGUUAAGUUGUAUCUCAGUACUAUGAAUUAAUACAACUGUUAACAUAAUGUGUAUAUAAACAUCUGUCCUUCAGUACACUUAGGUACAGUGUACAUUAUGCUAUAAAUGUAUAUGUACUGCAAUGCUUUAUGACCAUGUACUUCAGUUCAUGACAGGUUGAGGUAUGUAUUAUAGUAAUGUACUCCAGUUCAUUAUUGAACUACAGUUCUUGCUGUUACUUUUUUUACAGUUCUGUACGGCAGUGUUGUACAGUUCUGUACGGAAGUACUGUACAGUUCUGUCACUUAACUGCAUUUGUCCGGUGAACUGGAGGGGGAUGUUAAAAAAAUAUCCAAUGUUUUUCGUUCAUUGCAUAAAGCCCCAACAACUCCAUUAAAUUAAUUAGGUUUGUUUGAUACUUCUCCCUCCGACAGUGGUGUACUGUACUGUUCUGUACUGCAUUAUAUCAAUAACAGUAAAUUUGUACAUUGUGCAUACAGUACACCAUGGUUUCUUAAUGUAAAAAUGAUGCUGUGUACAUUGUACAUCAUUUGCUGUACAAAAGGUGAAGGGCAUCUAUGUGUUCAUUCUAGAUGUUGUAUACGGUACAUAAUUGUUGGGUAGUCGCCAAAAGCUAGUUAUCAGUUAUUCCAACCCUGUACAAUUUUGAUUUAAAGUACAUGUCCCACCCUGCACCCUUGUUCUUGAGAUUAUACCCGCCUCGGUUUCUACCAAACAGUGUGCACGUGUACUACAUUGCGCUAUGCAUGUACAGAGUAUGUACUCUUUUAUGUUCAUCUCUCAGAAUUUAUUGUUGUGUACAUAUAAGUUUUCUUAAUAAAUAUCCAACCUUUGA